CCCCUGUAAAUCCAUAAUUAUGAUAAUUUGUCCUAUUUUGUUCUAGAUUUCUGAUUCAAAUUGUCCUUCUCUGUCCUCACUCACGUCCCUUUCACCACAAAAACGUUUCUUUCCUCCCAAACCCAAAACCACUCCCCCUCUUCUCCUCCUCGCUCAUCUCCCUCGUUCUAAUCGCUCAGAGCAGAGAGAGAGAGAGAGGGAGCUGUCAUGGGAAGGCCUCCAAGUAACGGAGGCCCUUCAUUCCGCUUCAAUCAGGCUGAGGUUGCUGAGAUGGAAGCUAUUUUGCAUCAACACAAUAAUACAAUGCCAACACGCGAACUUCUAAUGGACCUUGCACAGAAGUUCAGUGAAACAGCAGAGCGAAAAGGCAAAUUUCAAGUGCAAAUGAAGCAAGUUUGGAAUUGGUUUCAAAAUAGGCGAUAUGCUAUUAGAGCAAAAUCAAGUAAGGUUCUUGGGAAGUUAAAUGUUUCACCUAUGCCUCGAGUGGAAUCAACUCCAGUGAGAACUAUUCCUCAAGGCCCCCAACCUAUAGCUGCUUCUAUACAUGCUCCUUCAGUUCCAAGCUCAGCAAGGGUUCCUUCUGAAAAUCCUAUCUUGGAGUUUGAAGCUAAAUCCGGAAGGGAUGCUGCAUGGUAUGAUGUUGCAAACUUUUUGUCUCAUAGAUCUUUGGAGAGUGGUGAUCCGGACGUGCUGGUGCGUUUUGCUGGAUUCGGACCAGAGGAGGAUGAGUGGGUUAAUGUCCGAAAGCAUGUGAGGCAGCGCUCUCUUCCAUGUGAAUCAUCAGAGUGUGUUGCAGUUCUCCCUGGAGACCUCAUACUCUGUUUUCAGGAAGGUAAAGAGCAGGCUUUGUAUUUUGAUGCCAAUGUCCUCGAUGCUCAAAGACGAAGACAUGAUGUAAGAGGUUGUCGUUGUAGGUUUUUAGUGCGCUAUGUUCACGAUCAGUCCGAGGAAAUUGUUCCACUGAGGAAGGUUUGCCGUCGGCCUGAAACGGAUUACCGGUUGCAUCAGCUUCAUGCUGAAAACAAUACAACAGCAGCAGAGCAGAAAAGUACAGAUCAUUUUAAGGUGCCUUCUACUUCUGCUGAAAUGAUACAAAAGCAGCACAAUCCAGUUUUUCAUGUUAAUGCUUCUGUCGCUCCCCAAUCUUCAACUCCUGAACUUAGAAAACCCGAGAUGAGCAUUGCUAUGAGUGCAGGAAAUACUAGUGGUCUUCCUGGUAGUGGUGGAGUCGCCAGUGGUAGUGCUCCUGUACUCACAAGCUGUACUGCUACGGUCAUCUCUCAUGGUGGUUCUGUUGGGAACAUGCCAGGAGGGAAUUAGUGGGGCUGCUUUGACAAAUUUGUCAUUUUGGUUGUACUAUGUUGUUAGUGUCUAAUUGUGUAGGAUGAUUAGUAUGCUGGGUUCGACCUCUUCACAACACUGGGUUUUCAUCAGUGUAUGAAUUGAGUAUGAGCUCUCCCCUGUAUACUAAUUCGGAAUAUGACUAGUCAAAGAAAGUGUUGGAGUUUUCAAUUUUACCUGUUAAACUGGAACUGUUAAGUUCAAGACUUCAAAUCUUCUAUUUCCUUUUUC